CCUCAUGGUGGGUACUGGGAACAUUUUAGUAAAAAAAUAGUCCUCCCUCAAUUUAGAUGCCACUGGCAAAGUGGUAUGCCCCAACGCAAUUCUAAAGUCUAAUACAUCCACAGUCCGAUUUCAACAAAUUUGUAAUUUUUUGUGUACACUUUUCUCAUUGUCUUUUGUUGAAUAUAUAUAACAACAUUCCGACCUCGCUCAGAAUUAUUUAGUCCAAAUUGCAGGAUUACACUAUUUGUACUCGUUUGAUCACUUUGAAAUGGUGGACUUUUAUUUUGAAAGGGAAUAGCAUACGCCACUAUUGUGGCUAGUUCCACACAGGUUACGUGCGACGUCCCUCUUGCCCCUGAUAUGUAGUUCGCUAGCUAACCAACACAUUUUCUUCGGUAGCUAGUUAAAAUAAGAGAUUAACUUCAAGCAAAACACUAGAAAAUGUAGCUGGCUAAAUUCUUUCUAUGAUAAACAUGAUAAAUCUGAUAAAUCUGAUGGCCAUGUUUGCAAAAAAGACCUUUCUCUUUCAUCGUAAACUAGCUGGUUUUCUUAUGCCGUGUAGCGUAGUUGCUAGCCAAAUAGCUUUGCAUUCUUUUAUUUUGUGUGAAAAACUAUAGUUGCACGCCCCUGGGUAGCGCAGCUGCCUAAGGCACUGCAUUUCAGUGCAAGAACCGUCACUACAGUCCCUGGUUCGAAUCCAGGCUGAAUCACAUCCGGCCGUGAUUGGGAGUCCCAUAGGGCGGCGCACAAUUGUCCCAGCGUCGUCCAGGUUUGGCCGUCAUUGUAAAUAAGAAUUUGUACAGUUAAAUAAAUGGUUAAAUAAAAAAAUGCCGGAUCACUAGACAAUUGAUGCUUGAUCCGAAAAUGCAAUUGUAAGCACGCAGAGGCCACAUUUAACUCUGUACGGCUUAGCCGUACGGCUCUUAAUUUUUAGGGCUCCACAUUAACGGUAGGUGAGGGUGGGAGGUCCUGUAUAAACACAAACUCACAUCUGUGAGCUGCUGGGAAAAGCGCUAGAAGUAUGAAUGCCGACUUCUGCAGAGGCCAUAUCACCGUAAAUGUUGCAAGGCCUAUGCCGCGUUAUUAAAACAUAUUUUUAUGAUGGUGUGUGUUUUGAAAAUGCAGAUUUCUAAAAGUGACCCCUGCCAAGUUGGCCUGGUUACUGUUGCAAUGUAACAUUAGCUAGCUAGGAAACGUCUGAAAUGUGCAAGGCAAACGUAAAUGACAUGAGUUUUACUCCAAGCUAAAGCCUGGGCAGCUGCUAACUUAACCAACCUCUGCCUUCGCGGCUAAAUCGUGAGCUUUAUGGAUCUCCACUAGUAACUAUAGUAGCUAACUACAUAGACACUGGAGAUCCACUAGCGGCUGCCCAGGCUAACGCAUAACCAUGUAUUUUACACUGCUGUAAAUAAUACUGAAGCUAAGACACCUUGACCUGUUGAUAUUUAGCUAACGUUAUCUAGGUUUAAAAAAAAUAGGCUCUGGCUUCGUUCGGACCCCUACAAGUAGCGCCUUUACUGUGGCCAAUCAGAGACGAUGGCGUCGUGGCGGUAAAUUUGAGUCAUUCUCCAUCAACUGGCUGUCCACAAUCUUCCAUCCGGUGCACCAGCAUAGGCAUCAACACAUAAACUGUCCAGCAAAUGACAAUUCCCAGCAUAUACAUGUCCCACCCUGGCAGCUCAAUCCAUUGAAGAUGGAAAUGUAUGUUUCCAGCAUAAGCAAACAUAAUGCCACAAAGACAGAUCUGAGUUUGUUGCUUGAGUGUCUGAAGUACCAGAUGAAAUGUCCUGCUUCACAGAAACAAGCUCUUUUCACCAUCUACUCCAUCUGUCAACAGAGAGAAGAGAAUGUGGACUUCUUCAGAGAGAUGGGAGGAGUGGUGUUUGUGCACAACCUCUCUAAAUCCAGUGCUCACUCAGAGGUCAGGGAGACUGCUCAGUUCACACUGGGAAUGCUGGCGGAGGCCAAUGUGUACUGUAAGCAGGCCCUGUGUAGGAGGGAGACAUUCAGUGAUCUGGCAGAGUGUCUGAUGCAGCAGGACAGCCCACUGACCCAGAGGAGAGUAGCUGUCUACCUGCUCUCUGUCCUCGUCGCCAACAACAGGUCUGGCCAGACGUUCGCUCAGACCUCGGGCUGUCUGGAUAUCCUGCUGGACUUGUUCAGGACUAGUUUCCCUCUCUCUGGCGAGGCCACAGUGAGACCUGCUAACGUCACUCAGCUGUUCCAACUCUGGACCUCUGUGUCCAGUGCUCUCUGUGGCUGUGUCAACAACCCCCAGAAUGAGGAGAGCCAGCGUAUGUGUGUGUCAGCCUUCCCCCUGGUCAAGGGCUGGCUGCAGCAGCUCUCUCACCCCCACACAGAGAUGGUUCAGCCCAUCUGCUCCUUUAUAUCCAUGACUGUCGCCAACAACCAUUGUGCUCAGGAUAGUUUUUCCACAGUCGGCGGGCUCGGAACUCUGACACUCACUCUGAUUCGCUUAGUCUCUGAUGCCGCCCACAGCCCAUUGGCCUGUCAGCUGUCUGUCAUCAUGACCAAGACCCUGUCAGCCUGCAUCAUUGACAACCCUGUGUUGGCGUCAGGUCUGGCAGGUUAUGGUUUGGUUCCUCAGCUCCACUCCCUGCUGUCCAGCCGCAGCCUGGAGCCCCAAGACAGGCUCAUUGUCAUACUCACCCUGGGACACUGCACUGAGGCCUCUGAGGAUCACCGGUCUCAGUUGUUACAGUGUGGAGGUCUGUCCCUCAUCAUCACUCUACUGACUGAGUCUACCAGCGAAGAGCUCAGGAAGGCUGCUGCCUUCAUACUGCAGACCUGCAAACAGGCUUCUGUGUUUCUGCGUGGUGCGGUCCAUGGGGAGUCUCAGGGUCAGACUGCGGAGCUAGAGCCCCCUGUGGACAUGGAGGGGUACUGGAGGUCAGCACGAGACAUGCUGCACAGGAUCAACCAGCUGGAGAGACAACAGGCUCAGGGAGCGGAGGAGGAGUGGGAGGGGGUUGAACCAAACCCCCCAGACCAAACCCCCCAGAACCCUGCAGAAUGGGGGAGGAAGGAGCUACUCUUACCCCUACCUCUACCCCCAUCCUUAUCCCUACCCCCUCACCACACCUCUUUACCAUACCAGGAGUGGAAUGGAGGCAGGAGGUGUGAGGAAAGAGAGGAGCGUUGGAGAGGAGUAGAGAGUUGGGGUCAAGAGAGAAGAGAGGAGGAAAGAGGAGAAGAGAGGGGGAUGUCCUGUGAACAGACCCCAGUCCGGCCGGUUCUAGUGGGGAGGGGUGGAGAUGGAGAGAGAGAGGAUCUACACCAUAGACUCCUAGAGGAGAAUCAACCCACAAACAGAGAGCAGGACCUAACGAAGCGUGUAAGGAGACAGAUAUUCCAAACCAGUGAGGAGCCUCAGAAACCCAGCCGCAGCAGAGAGAGUGAGAGGGAGAAGAGAACACACACACAAAGGCACACCACGCUGCACGUUUACACACUUGGAAACACACAACCAGAGAAGGAAAGGGACAGGGGCUUGGCAGCUAAGAGAAAUAGUUAUCCUCUCUACACAAACACACUCACAGAGAAAGGCAAAAACACAGCAUCACACACACAGACCGAGAACCGCAGAGACAAGCACCUUGGUAUGAGAGAGCAGGCUCACACACAGUCUUUGUCAGCCGUGGGCUAUGCUGGACCUGGUAGAGCCAGUGUCCCUGGGCAGCCCUGUGAUGGAGAGGAUGAGAGGUGCUCUGUAUGUCUGGGGACAGGAACACUAGUCCCUUCCUCCUCCAGUCCACUAGAAGGACACUCCCAGACACACACACACAGCCAAGUGUUCAAGUGCCCAGCUCCAGGCAAGCCAGGAAUGAGCAGGCAGAAGAAACCGUUGGAUGAUGAAGGCUGUGUGUUCGGUUUGGUGACCAGCCGGUCGUUCCCUGGCCUCCAAAGGAAUUGUCCUCACAGCUGUGACCUGCAACUGGUACUGCAGCAGGCUACACACAGCUACACACAGCACCUCCGAGAUAUACGCAGGAGGAGAGAAAUACACUCAACUGGACAGAGGGAGACGCAGCAAGGGACACAGAGCGUCUGGGAUCACUGCAGAGAUAACACACCCACACACCGAUGUGAUUUGAAUUGGGAUUUGUGUCCUGUUGUAACAGAGGCCAGUCUGACUCCUGUCUGUAAAGGAACCCUCCUGAGGAGCUACUCAACCAACAGAGGACAACGCAACACUCAUCACAACUAUGUGAAUCUCACUCCCCUUAAGAACUGUGGUCCAUGUGAAGGUAUCACUCGGAAUCCUUUGCGUAAAGGUCUGAUGAAGAGCCUCUCCUCUGUGACCAGCAGGGGGCAGGAUAGAGGAGACAGAAGAACACAUCAUGGGGAAGAUGCCGUCAUCGAUGAUCAGCAGAAGACUCUGUCCAUUGGAAACCCAUCUUUGACUCAGAGCAGUUCCAAAACCAAGGAAAAGAGGGUGAUGACCAAUGAGAGGAGGGAGAGGAGGAACUUCAGCCGUGAGGAGGAGAGUUAUCUGUGUCGAGGUAUAGAGCGGUUUGGUCCAUCCUGGAACUCCAUCCUUUGGGCCUAUCCGUUCCAGCCGGGACGCACCAACGUUGACCUGGCCAAGAAAUACAAACGCCUGCAGGCUAAAGCCCAGGGUAUGGAUUCAGACUCCAUGAGAUCCUAGAAGAACACAUUGUCUAUUGUACAUAAAUCACAGUCAUAUAUUUGAAAUACUCUAAUGUAAUAUUCAAUAAUAGUUUAAAUACUAUAAUUUAGUCCCCAGUUUGAAAUUAAUUACUAUGCUGUACUACUAUAAAUAAAAUACAUAAUUUUGUUUACAAUUCUGUAAUAUAUUUGAAAUAUGUUAAUUUCAUGGUCAUGGGAGGAUUAAUGAAGGCUCUGUUCUGUAUUUCUCAACCUUGUUUUUUUACACAGUAGUAUUUUGCUGCCUAUUUGAAGUAGUUGGAAUAGAAAAAUGGAAAUUAUUUGUGUAGUGAUUUGCACUUGACGCUUUCAUAAUUUCUUGUUCAUUGUUAAUGUAUGGAUUGAGACUGAAAUGGUUGUUCACUCGUCAUCCCCUGAAGUUGUUUGUAUUGAAUUAAACAGAAGGGUGUCUGUAUGCAGUGA